UUUUUUUUUUUUUUGUACGAAAUGCUCUGAAUUUUGUUCGAAAAAUCCUUAAAAUUUGUUAUGUUGUAAUGUAAAAUUUACUAAUCAUUGGGAACUCGCAGUUAUUUCAAGAUGAAGAAUUUCUUUGGCUGGCCGGCAGCUUGAUCGACCACGUAUUUGAAACAUCAACGGCACACGUGAGCGUUGAGGCACGUGCAGGCUAAGUCCACGACCCGUGGAAUACGCAUGUAUGUGCUUAUGUGUUAGAGAAAGUUUCUAAACCAUGCUGAAGAAAGAAAAUGUGAAAGAUACUUGCGCAAUUUCAAAGAUAUUUUGGAACGAAACGAACGGUGUAUUUUCUUCGUCGUAUCACCUUUAUUUAACUGCAAUAGCGGAGAAACUUACGGACUCUGAAAUCAAACAAAAUUACAAAUGUUGGCACUGAUAAAUACGUCGAAAUCGGCGUACCUCGAUAUCGACAGUGAAGGGUUCAAUACCGCGUUGACAUUGUCGAACGAGAAGACAACGGUAGAGCAAAGGAAGGAACGUCGAGAAGUUGAGGACAACGCGUUGACGAAGAGUCUUCAACUUCUGAGGAUCAGAGGAUCACCGCAUUUGUUGCCAGAAGAUAUACUUACGUUGGUGAAUCACUGUCGGUGUCUUCGCGAAUUAUCCAUGUCUUAUUCUUUAUUGAGCGACGAUUUACUGAUGGCUUUGUGCACCGAAGAUGAAGUCAAUUUGGAGACAUUAAGAAUAGAAGUACAUUCUGAAACAAGACCACUUCCUAUUAUCGAUGAAAAAGUGUGGACGACCUUUUCUGAUCGGUUUCCAAAUAUCAAUCUCGUUCUAUUGUCUUACAUAACCGAUGAAGAACAUGAAUCCCUUUUCACGUCACAUAUUCCAGUGACGCACUUAUAUUUCGGAGAAGCGCCAUCGGAAUCGGUAGCAUUGCGAAUUCACAGUUACUUUCCGCGAUUAAUGGAAUUAGUUAUAGCUGCUUACGGACCUGGCCUUAUCGACGAUGUUUUAAUCAACGUUGCUAGAGGAUGUCCUCGUCUUAAUGCCAUUGGUUUGGGUGAUUGUGAAAUUAGUUGUACAGGUCUUCUAGAAUUUGUUACCUUAUGCGCCGAACGUUUAAAAAUACUUUAUAUCCGGGAGACAUCUUUGAUCGAAGAUUCAGAAUUGGAUGUCUUGGAUGUGACAGCCAAAGUUUCUUCUCUCCUUGGAGACACUUGGGUACCUGAAUAUAUACCAUUAUGGUGA